UCUCCGCUAGAUAACGCCACUGUCGCGAAGCGAUGCGCUCGGGCCGAUGUUUUUAGCGAUGUACUUAGUGACGUGCGAGUGGCCCCGAGAGACAGCCGUCGGCUGUCGCAGAGGUUUCUGGGUAUGCGGUGGGAGCCAUAUUUUUCCAAUAUCAGUUACGCGAAAAACAGCGUAGAGUACGGCACAGCAUCUGGCAGGCAUGGCAUUUUGAUCGGCGGUGCCGCGCGGGCUCUGUCUCUCGGUCGGUGGUGAGUGAUCGCGCGCGUUACUUCCGCAAGGACAACCCAUCGGAAUCGGAGGCGCGAGUCGUCGCGAGCGUCGCGCGCGACCGUCACGAGAUAUAUAAUAAUAAUCGACCGACGUAUGUAUAUAUAAGCGAGACGUGAGAGAAGCGAGAAGUGAGAGCGCGGACCGCGCAGGUGUUCGGCUCGGCAAAGAGGGUUAGUUAACUUAACCCGAGUUCGUAGUAAUAGUAGUAGUGAUGAUGAUAGUGGUGGUAGUAGUAGUAGAGUAAUAGUGGUCGUUGGUAGUGGUGGUCGCGGCACGAGGCAGUGGUAAUGGUGGUGGUGGUAAAAGAGUGGCGGUGGUGGUGGUGGUGGUCGUGAUGCUGCUGCUGCUGCUACUGCUGUGACGAUGACACAGCGUCAUAACACGACGUUCGUCCGUCCGUGCGCGAUUUAACCCGAAUCGUUACGCCGGCGGUGUGUAUGUUGAUUUUUUUUUCGCCCCGUUUCGUACGGCGAGCGCGUUCGCGCCAUAUUACCGAUCGAGCGCCGACUUCAGGCGACUCGAGCCGAGUCGCGUCCGGCGCGAUUAAACCGCGUUCAGUCGUUCAGUGUCGAGGGAGAUGGCUCGCCGCCCGGUCGCGGGAUCGUGACGCUCCGCGAGAAUCGUGUGUACGUUCGAAUUAUAUAUAUAUAUAUAUAUAUAUAUACAUACAUAUGUAUAUAUAUAACGCGACGUGUCGUUUCCUCGUUCGUUCAUUCGUUCGUUCCUUCGGCGAGAAAAUGCUCCCUACAUCCGAUGACACAAUCGAGUGCGCGUCUUGGAAAUGUAACGCGAUACGAGACGAAGUGCGGCGUAUGUGAGUGAAAGAAACACGACUCGGACCGUUGACACGAUCGGUAGUGGUGUGUUGACUCUCGUAUUUUCUGUCAUCGCGUCCUUCGCAUACCGAUUUUAGAUUCCUCGCGACGCAGUUUUCGCGGAAAGUGCGCGGGUGUGCGAUUUCGUGAGCCGUUGCUCGUCGAUUUUCGAAUUGGUAGGAGGGAAGGGGGAGUUUGGUGGGUGGCGUGGACCGUCACCUUGAAUCGUGCUCAAGCGAAACCUUGCGCUCUCUCUCUCUCUCUCUCUCGGAGACGUAAUUCCCUCCGAUAGACAAGCGGCUCGCCUACGCGCCGCUAUGAGAGUUUCGAGUGAACUUGGCGGCAGGAGUGGUCGCGGCGACCUUGCUUACGAUCGGAGUGAACAUGCCGCGUAACGGCUUCGCGACGCGGCAAAAGGAUUCGGCGUUCGGCGUCGUCGGAUCAUCGCGAGACGACGGGCGUUUUUAGAAGUGAAGGACGUCAGAAUUCUCGAUGGCGGCAUCUCGAAUUUCGAUCGCGUUCGCGAGUGUCGACGUAUCCCGAGCUGCGACAUUUUGACGAGCCGUGCAUCUACCUUCCAGGGAAGAAGGAGGGGAGACGAAGACGAGGAAAAGAAGGAGAAAACGCAAGGAGUCGUCGAGGAGGUUAGAUGAAGAAAGCCAUUGACCGGCAGCGACAGAGUUGUCCUACGCCAAAACACGCGUCGGUUUCGAGUUAUGUCGCGCUACGUCGAGUGUAGAAACGCGGAGAAACACAACGGGACGCGGAACGACGACGGCAUCAUCAUCAUCAUCGGCAAACGACAUCAAAGGUCAUCGUCAUCGUCGAGCGCGUGAGGAUCGCGCCGCGGAGGAUGCGGCAGUACCCGUCGCCGGUGUCUCCACGUAGGCGAGCUACGUGCCACGUUGUGCCAGUGAUGUUGUCGUGGGUGUCGUCGGGGUCAUCCGCAGCGCUGCUGGACCUGGACAAUGGCCGGCAAGCCUGAGCAGCCGUCCACGCUCCCUGCUCCCCCGAGUCAUCAGCAUCAUCAGCAACAUCAUCAGCAACAUCAUCAAGGGCAACAAUCGCGGCAGUCGCAGCAACCCCAGCAGCAACAAGCUAUACAGCAAAACAGCGUUCUAGUGUACGUGUCGGGGGAGAAUUUCGCGUACGCCACGGCGGUGGGUCAGAAUGUCGCCGCGACCGCUGCUGCCGCUAUCGCGGUCGGUUAUCAAUCGCAGCCGCAGCAGCAGCAUCAGCAGCAGACGACGCAAUACGCCGGCAUUCUGCAGGCGCCGCAGGUGGCGACGGCGCAGGCGGCUGCGACGACCUUUCCCGCCAAAACCGCCGUAUACUGCGCCGACGGCAGUGGCGGCGGAGUCAACGUAGGGAAUAACGUCGCCAGCCCCGCGAUAAGCUGUUGCCGUCUCAAGUCGUCCCUGGAAACGACCGCGUCGACGACCACGACGACGACAACGCCGGCGUCAACGACGGUAAAUAGCAGCGCGGAUGGCAGCGAGUCCAAGCGAGCCUCUUCCUCUCUGCUCGUCAACGAGGAGGACGAGGAAGACUACGCGAUGCUGUAUCGACAGGCCAAUCUGGGGCAAUCGACUACGUGCACCACGGCGGCGAUGACGACGAUGAUGACGUCGCGGGAGAAUAAACAAGGCCCGGAGACCGGGGGAGACUCGAGCGAUGAUCUGAUGGGCUCCAAGACGUAUCAGACGCGGCUCGGCGACGUGUACUCGGCAAGGAUGAGCAGCGGGGACGUCGGUAAUCUCCUCGGGGACGACGCUUGCGUCGCUUACGGUGCCUCCACGCCCGGUAGCAACGGUAUCGUGCUUCAAAACGGCGAGCAACAGGCUGUGGACGACAAGGGCCGGCAGCAGGACAAUUUCGAUAAUCAGCAGGCCGCUUCCUCGUCGGCGACGAGCGCGACGACGGUUCUCGGGGUCGGUGAGAUCGGUAGUGCGGUGAUCGGUGCUUGCGAUUCGGUGCGAUCCGACGAGUCGUCGACGACCUACAGCAGCCUCAGCAGCCCUGACGAGAGUCAGAGUCAUCAGCCGGUGCCGAUGCCGAUGCCGGGACAGCACGACGGUGCUCUGUCGACGAGCAACAAUCAUCCCGGUGGUGGUAGUGCGUGCGCGCAGCAGGCUGCGCGUCAGCAGCCACCGUUGCGUGUCAACGCUAAUAACAAUAACGGUAGUAACGGUGUGCAGCAUAACGCGGUGGUGUUGACAAUGAACGGCAGUGCAGUGAUUACGCAGCAGCAACAGCAACAACAGUCGCCGGCGAUCACCGUGCCACGUGGAUGGAAAAGGAUAUGCACUAACGGGGUCAUCAUCUACAUAAGUCCAAGCAGUACGGCGCUGGGUUCGCUGGACCAAUUGAAGGAGUAUUUAACGACAGUGGGAACCUGCAAAUGCGGUCUCGAGUGCCCGCUCAGACCCGAGCAGGUCUUCAACUUCGAUCCCAAGGUUGCGACACGACCUUGGAGCCCGGAUCAGGGCAAGACGCGCGAGAUGACCAAGCUCUGCAACCAUAAGAGGAAACUUCUGCUGCCGGCCGCGGCCUCCAGUCCUGUUGCGUCCUGUACACCGGCGGUCUCGUCGUCGACUUUAUCUUCUGGCCCGACAACGACCUCGAUUCACGCGAAUGCCGAUUCGCCCACGUCGCCGGAUAAAACCAGAAAAGAUGGUCACAGCAAGAAGAAGAAGAGAAAACUGGGAGGCAUAGGCGGCAUUUAUUCCGGCGUCUCGGUUUCGCAACUUCUGGCACCGGAAAGAGCUAUCGCGGUAGCGGCAUCUGGAGUUCAAGGUUCACCGGUGCCUAAUGGAUCGCAGGUAUGGCCAAUCGCGAUCCCAAAUCUGCAAGUCCAGCAAAACGGCCAACAAAUCUGUCAUCAGUCUUUAAAUUCGCCUUCUCAGAAUCAUGAUGUGAACAAUUGUGCGAGAAAUCCUCAGCAGAGGUUAAAUCAACACAAUAUGUCGAGCAUGCUGAUGAACAAUCCGCUGAUAAUGAAUCAGCAGAAUACAAAUUAUAAUAAUAUGACUCAACAACAGCAACAGCUUUUACAACAACAGCAGCAGCAACAACUUAUCCUACAACAACAGCAACAACAUCAACAGCAGCAACUCAUUCAGCAGCAUAUAUCACAACAACAACAAUCGCAGCAGUUGUUACCACAUCAGCAGCAGCUGCAACAUAUGCAAAUCUUGCAGCAGCAGCAGGAACAACAGCAGAACACAAUGGUGAAUCAAUUAGCGCAGCAACAAGCUCCACAUUAUAUAAAUCAGCUGAAUCAACAGUCGAUGCACGUGAUGCAACAACAGCAGCAACAGCACUUGAAUUCGCAGCAGCAACAGCAACUGCAUUUGCAGCAAAUUCAAAAACAUAAUAUGCAACAACAGCAGCAGCAGCAUUUGACCCAGGAAGUAGAUCAAUCACAAUCGACAAAUUACUCCCAGCAUCCUGUAGAAAAUUAUGUACAUCAUGUGCAGUCACCGCAGGUGUCGAAUCAAGCUCUUCAUUCGCAAUUGCAUCAAGUUCAUCAGCAUCAGAUGCAGUCGCAGCAACCCCAACAGAAUCAACAUACUAUGCAACCACAAUCAACGGAUCAUUUUCAAAUGCAAAUUCAGCAGCAGCUACAACAACAGCAACAACUGUCGCAAGUGUGUAUUCAACCACAGUAUCAAAACCAACAGCUAAAUCAUCAUUCUGUAGACGUUAUGCAACAGCAAAAUGGCUCCAUUAUGACUAACAUCAAUGCUACCGACAUUCAGAAUAGACACAAUAGAGCACCAUCAAUUAAUGAUGAAGAUCUAAAUGCAAAACAAUUACAACAACAACAGCAGCAGCAGCAGCAGCAACAACAACAGCAGCAGCAGCAGCAGCAGCAGCUUUUGCUACAUAAUCAUUCAAUGCAGCGACAUCACGUAGUUCAAAAUGGCUUGCCAAACAAUCCUCACGAGAAUGUUCAACGGAUGUACCCACAGAACCAAGUACAAUAUCCGAUGAGGAACUUUGAUCCUUCGAAAGGAACGAAUGCGGAUGCAAAGAUGGGACAUCAACAGCAGUUCGUUCUAUCCAAUCACACGGGAAGAAGCCCGAACGCCACUCACGCUGUCGAGGCGCAGCAGUCUGGUAUGGGACCAAACGGGCAACCCGGCAAUAUACAUUUUAACAACAGAACACCACCGUGGCAACAAAAUCGUGCUGCAACUGUAUCCCAUCAACCGUCCCUCGUAACAGUGCAGAAUAUCAAUUCGUUUGAUCGCGUGCCACCACUUCAUCAUCACAUUCCACAGCCCUCCAAUUGGACGGAUGAGGCCGCGCGGAAGAAAGCAAAGUCGAAUAAGAUAGUAGUGAAAAAGCAACGGCAGCACAGUGUCGCAGAGUCAUCCAGAACAAAUAAUAACGGACUAGAACAUUCAGCAUCAAGUCCAGUAGAUGAAUUUAGUGAGAAGAAUCAGCAGAAUAAUAGUCAGAUAGGUUCAACAUUCAAUAGCAGCGGUCCUUCGUUCCUAGAGGAUCCCAGUGGAUACCUCGCCCAGCAAACGGCGCUGUUAAACAGUACAAUAUCGAGGCAGACUGGUGUCAGUAGCUCUCAAGUGAGCAUGUUAAACAACAAUCCAAAAGCGUCGCCUCAGGCCAAUCACGGCAUGCAUGUCUCUAACACCUAUAAUUCUCAACCAAAGCCUUCCUCUAUCGCCAGUCCUACGAGUACCUCGUCGUCGUUUGCUUCCGUAAAGAAUCACGCGACUUCGCCGGUUGUCGUACACAGCAGUAUGACACCGACAUCGAGCAACAACAGCACGGAUUCCGAGAGCAGUCCGUGUCAAGGCUGUGCCACUAUCGCUGAUACGCAGUCUUACAUUCAGGAUCAAUAUAAGCAACAGAUGCAACGACAGUACCUGAUGAACACGGAUCAGCGCGAGGAUCCUGUCACGUCGUCUACGUUUAGUGAACGAUAUCAAACGAGUAAUCAACAGCAAAUUGAUUCCAGACCGAUACAAGGCGGUACUGUGAGCACCAGUCACGGAUCUCCUAUUGGUACGAAUAGUCCAGCUAAUUCAGAUACACCGGCUGCUUCAACGCCCGGAAUCUCGCAACCGGCAACCCCGCAGAGCCUUAUCUCGUCGCAACCAGCGACACCGCAUAGUUACUCGCAACCGCCGACGCCUCACUCACACGUAUCGGGCCAAAUGUCAUCGCAAAUGCUAACUCCGCAAACGCCGUCGCAAUCAUUGAUUGGUAGCAAUAUUCAAGAACAAAGAUCUGAGACUCCUAGUUCCGGCACAAUGAGUUCCAGCUGUAUUCCACCCAGCACGUCGCCGUCUCAGACGUCUUCCCCCGCAUCGGAUAAUUUAACGUCUCAGGUGAAACGACAAAUAACGACUAGGCAAAAUUCCUUGGACGGCUAUCAACCUCAUCCGCAUACCAUAAAUGCGGUUUCCAGGAUAUCUAUGAACACUUUCGGCGGAACAUCGUCCGUGAUAACAACCAUGGCUAGCGGUCAUACAGUCAGCAGUAAUACAAUUACGUCUGUGUUAGCUGGAAGGGCAAAUACCGCUACCGUCUCCAUAAACACACCAUCUGCGAUACCGAAUCCCGCUAUACCCAAUCUUUUGCCGAAUAAACCGCAGCAUCAAGCGCAAUCCACGACAUUGACGAAUAUGCCAGUUACGACUCAUUCCGCUGUUCCUCAUAGUCAACCUUCCACGAUGAGCGUGUCUAAGUCUCCGCUUGAAAUGGUUCAAAGCGUUGUUAGUAGCAUACAAGUACCUCAGACAAGUACGAAUUCGUUGCAACAGCAAACUCAGCAGCAGCACCAGCAGCAGCAGCAACAACAACACCAGCAACAACAUCAGCAGCAGCCACAACAGCAGCAUCCUCAGGCCAACGUUCAAGUUCAUAAUGUUCUCACUUCUGGUGGUAUAUUAAAACAUUCUGCAGGAUCGACGCUACCGCCUGGUCAUAUACUGGUGUCUAGCGGCGGUCAACUUAUUAUGGCGAGUACUGGGUCAGCUAUCAAUGGCGUGAUGGCGCCUCCUCCACCGAAAAUAAUUUCCAAUGCCAGUUCUAUGCCACCGUUGUCGGUAUCGCCAAUGGUCACCAGCGUAACCGGAGCUGUCAGCCAAGUGAUUCCUGCAGUAGGUGUAGCCCAACAAGUGAUAGGGCAACCAACAGUUCUCGUCAAUACAAUUCAAACACCAGUGUUGAUUCAACCUGGCGUGAUGACGAUGGACGGCAUAAGUCAGAACGUGCAGAUACCGCAUCUAACAGUCGCUACCGGCAACGUUAUACAAAACACUCAGUCGAUCCUCGAUGCGAAUCAAGAUGUAUCUAGGACCGUCAAUGCCAACCAAGGUAUGACGAUGAAUCGACAGCCAGCAUUACUGUCGCCGGAAUCGGCGAUGACCAAGAAGAAGACGUAUAAAAAACGGAAAGCGAAUCCGCAGACUGUGGCGUCGAUGCUACACAUCGCCUCGUCCCAGCAGAAUGCCGGUAUGCUGAUGCAAUCGCAGUCGAACUUUGCGCAGCAGAACUUUCAGGCUCAAAGUAUAGGCGGGCCUAUGCUUCAGGCACUGACUAUCGUACCUGGCAAAGGCGGAGCACCGGCACAGUUAGUUAUGAACGGUCAAACUGGAGCGGCAUCUGCGCAAUUUAACACUCAGCAAAUAAUCACGAAUCCUCAACCGGCUCAGCAAAUAAAUCUACUUCAACCGGUGAAUUUAUUGAACAGCGCGACCGGGAUGGUUCAGAAUUUCCCUACUAUUCAGCAGUUUAUCGUGCCCGGUUUAGGUAGUAUGGUCAUGUCUGCUGAUGGAACAGCUACGUUGCUGCAGGAUACGGGUAACAUCGGAAUGCAACUUCAGAUACAGAACGUCAACGGCCAGAAUGUAUUGACGCCGGUACAGAGCCACGGUAGUAUAUUCAAUCCCAGUCAAAGUAUAUUAGCUGCUGGUCCAGCCGGUAUGGUAAUACGAGCCCCACAAGCGACCAGUGGAAAAAUAAUUCAGCAGCAUAGUCCUGGAGCACAAUUUCUUUCACCGAACAGCGGCCAAUUUCUGGUGAACGGAACAACAUCUUUCGGGAAUCAACUGAGCCCGAUAGUAGCGAAUGUCAGCCCGAAUCAGCAAGUGACAUUUAAUGCCUCGCAAGUGAGACCGCCAAACAUGCAAGGUCAACAAGAGUUUAUACAGAUGAAUGGACAAACUCUUAUGGUACCUUGUGCUACCGCGCAGAACAUUGCAGUUUCUUCAGCAUCGAAUCAACAGAACACAACGUUCGUCCAACAGAACACGACGAUCGUGCAGCAGCAAACGACUAUGGUGUCAAACAAUCAGAUACCAAAUUUUCAAAGCGCAACUUCUAACGGUGGACAGACGGUUGAACCUUCUUUAAAUCUCGAUCACAAUCAAUCAUAUAUUCUGAGUUCCGGUAUGAUUCAGGGGAAAACAGCAUCAUCCUCUCCUAAGAGCGGAGUAAAUUCGCCAUCUUCCGACCAGAAUAUCGAGCAGCAGCAAUAUGUACUAGCUAGUAGUAGCACAACCGUUGUGGAAAAAACGGCUCAACAAAAUGAGCAACAUAGUCCGCUUAUGGCAAGGCAUUCAGUAUCGACGCAAACUGCUGGAAAUCAAACCAAUGUAGCGCAAUCGGCGAUGAUGCGACAAGGAUCACCACCAGACACAACUACUCAUAGUCCAGGAAAUAGUCAGAGGUCCAAUAGUCCGGCCGUGGACACUACUACACACGGUGCAGCUUCGCCAGCGCCUCCAAUCACCGCUAGACACCACUCGUCAUCUACGCCUAUGGUUCAUUGCGUCUCGAGCAGCGAACCUGAUUCGGGUGAUGCACAGGUAGCAUCGGAGGAUUGGAGAAUGCAGGGUAUCGCCACCAAGGAGAUCACGUUAAAUCAACCGAGCUUGCACGGAAAAACUUACGUGGAGUCGACAGUGACCACUGGGAUCCAGAUCUAUACGUCAGAGACGUUGAAGCAAGCCGAAGGUGUGGUGAGCACGGUGAGGUGCGAGGGCAGGGAACAUGCCCUCGGCCGCGGAAUCAAGCGAAAGCUGGACUCCAUCCAUUCCAUGCAUUCUACUCUGCAUGAAGACCAAGAUGUAGCCGAGACAAAGGACUUAGACGACGGAAACCAGUGGAAACUGAUGGUCGGUGACCUAGUGUGGGGUGCAGCAAGAGGAAGUCCGGCCUGGCCGGGAAAAGUCGAGUCUUUGGGCCCUCCGGGUACUAUGACAGUUUGGGUCCGGUGGUACGGGGGCGGGGGUGGUCGCACCCAAGUUGAAGUCAAGGCCCUCAAGUCCCUCUCCGAAGGCCUCGAGGCGCAUCAUCGCGCCCGUAAAAAAUUUAGGAAAAGUCGUAAAUUGAAUAUGCAAUUGGAAAAUGCGAUACAAGAGGCGAUGGCGGAACUGGACAAGAUGACAGAGGCCUCCAGCGAGCAGAAAGAGACGAAAAAAUUGGCCAGGGUGACGCCGGCAACCAGCUCGAAGGGUAUCAAUGGCGCCGGCAAAUCGGAGGCCAAGAGAUCGUCGAAGAGGGCUAUCAUGGACCAUGCCAAAGCCGAACAGAAACAAUGUCGGUGAUCCGUGUUGAUCAUUGUUGUUUAACGUGUGACACAGUGCAAACAUCCGCGCGAGAUCGACAAUGUUGUUUGUCGUAAAUCGUCAAGUAUCGAGGAUCUUCGUUGCGCGGAAAUGUAAUUCUUAGCCAGCUUUUCGUUUAAUAAAUUAUUAAUAAAUUCA